AUGGCAGGGAAGAUGAGGAGAAGCGAGGCGGGAAGUAGCAGUGGUAGCAGCAGCAGCGGCAGCAGCCGGGGAGAGACGGUGGUCGUUGAUUGUGGCCGGUGUAAAAGCUCUUGCGGUUACUGCAAAUCUCCCGGUCGCACCAGCAUUAGCCAUGGUCUAUGGGCACACAGCAUUACAGUUGAUGACUAUCAAGAUCUUCUUGACCAGGGCUGGAGAAGAUCCGGAUGUUUCCUGUACAAACCUGAGAUGGAAAGAACAUGCUGCCCAUCAUAUACUAUCCGUUUGAGGGCAAGUGACUUUGUUCCUUCAAAAGAGCAACAACGUGUCUCUAGAAGAGUGCAAAGGUUCUUAGAUGGAAUGCUGGAUGUGAAAACCCCAGUAGAGGCAACAGAUGAUCCAACUACCUCUAUCAGUACAUGCACAUGUGCCUGUCAUGAAGCGUCAAGCAGUGGAAUGAAGGAUUCACUCUCUGAUCAAGGUGAGGAGAAAAGAAGUUCAGAGCAGAUUGUCAGCUAUUUGUCGGAGCAACUUGACAAGGCAGUGAAUAAGUGCACUGAACAUGGAGGACUUCCUUCUGGCAUCAAACUACCAAAAGCAUCUGUCAAAAAGGUAUCCCAGGGGAAAAGGAAACUACUUGUAGAAGGGGGGAAAGAUCUACUGUACUCGAGCAACAUUGCAUUCCAGAUAGCAGCGAUUCUCAAUCGAGCUAAGUCAGCUAAUAAGGAACCAAGUCCUAAUCUUGAAAAUAAUGCCAUAACUGCCAAGGCAAUUGCAGAAACGCUGGUUGCAUCUGUUGAUCAGCUUGCUCAAAGCAGCAGCAGUCUGGCAACCAGGGCUUGCAAUGGCCAUAUAAAUUUUUAUGGUGCUGCAACACAAUCUCCUACUGAGAGCAGUGAAACUCUCAGUGGGCCUGAAGAAUCUGCACGAGGGUGUAAAAGAAAAAGUUGCUGUUCAAGGAAGAAUAGUGAACAUUUGCUUGGUAAAAGAAGGAGGCUUGAGGUUCGGUUGAAAAGAUCUAGUUUUGAUCCUGAAGAGUUUGCUUUGUAUAGACGGUAUCAAAUAAACGUGCAUAAUGAUGCACCUGAUCAUGUCACAGAAAGCUCAUACAGGAGGUUUCUCGUCGACUCUCCUCUAGUAUUUGUUCCACCGUCGGGUGACAGCCUCGUUCCUCCUUGUGGGUUUGGUUCUUUCCAUCAGCAAUAUGUAAUCGAUGGUCACCUAAUUGCUGUGGGAGUGAUAGACAUCUUGCCAAAAUGUUUGUCAAGUAAAUAUUUGUUCUGGGAUCCAGACUAUGCCUUCCUGUCUGUAGGCAAGUAUUCUGCCUUGCAAGAAAUCAAUUGGGUGAAAGAGAAUCAAGUGCAUUGCCCUAGUCUUCAGCACUAUUAUCUCGGGUAUUAUAUACACUCCUGCAGUAAGAUGAGAUACAAAGCUGCAUAUCGCCCGUCUGAAUUGCUCUGUCCUCUUCGUUACCAAUGGGUUCCAAUUGAUGUGGCAAGUCCUUUGCUUGACAAAAAGCCAUAUGUCGUCCUAUCAGAUUUUGCCCUCUUGCAGAACGGAGAGUCCUUGCUGCCUCAUGUUCCCGAAAAAAUAACGGAUGAGCAGCAACAUGAUGAUAAUGUACAUGGUGACUUGAAUGAUAUUCUUGUAGACGACAACGAAGAAAUGGUCGAACCCGAAACUGAGACCUCUGAUGACGAGUCAGGUCCUGAAACCAGUGGGCAUGGAUCAGUUGAGAUAGAGAAUGGUGAUGUUGGUGAGAUUUUAAUCGGAUUGAAGGGUGCUCGUGUAAGGUACCAGGAUUUGCGAGCAGCUUUUGGAGUAAAAGAACAGAAGUACUUGGAAUCCCAGCUGCACAGAUACAAGAGGGCUGUGGGCGCGGAGCUGUCGAAGAGAAUAGUAUAUUCACUUGGAUGA